CAUCAUUCUUCUGAAUAAAGGAUGCGCCAGAAUUGUGUAGUCAAGAUGACAACUUCUGUGUCCGUUUCAAAUGUAUUACUACUGAUUAAGUCUGAGGCCGGUAACAUCAACAGUGAGGACAAACCCAACCUGCCUCUCUCCUUCCACACUGAGUUCAAACCUAGAGUCACUGGGUCCUGAUUGUAACAGUGGAGUCCAGUUUGCUCUGCAGAAUCCAGAGAUGGCAUCAGUGAAGCUGGAAGACUGCAGUCAAACACUGGAGCUGAAUGUCAACAUUAAAGAUGAAGAAGAGGAGGAGAAGAUUGGGAAAUCUGUUUCUCAUGGACGACUAGAAUUAUGUCUGAGGCCGGUAACAUCAACAGUGAGGACAAACCCAGCCUGCCUCUCUCCUUCCACACUGAGUCCAAACCUACAGUCACUGGGUCCUGAUUGUGACAGUGGAGCCCAGUUUGCACUGCAGGAUCCAGAGAUGGCAUCAGUGAAGCUGGAAGACUGCAGUCAAUCACUGGAGCUGAAUGUCAACAUUAAAGAUGAAGAAGAGGAGGAGAAGAUUGGGACAUCUGUUUAUCAUGGAGAUCAUGUUGAGACAUUCUCUACAUCCAGAGAGCAACAGCAGGAAGAUCACAGAGCUAAAAGGUCUCACCACUGCCCACAUUGUGAGGAGAUUUUCCCAAUUCUAUCAAAGCUAAAAAUACACUUAAAAAUACACACAGGAGAAAAUCUUUAUUCCUGCGCUGACUGCGGAAAAUGCGUCACAACGUCAACUGAGCUAAAAGUUCAUCAGAGAACACACACGGGAGAAAAGCCUUACUCCUGCUCUGAUUGUGGGGUGAGUUUCUCUCGACUGGGCCACUUAAAAAGACAUGAACAUAUACAUACAGGAGAGAAGCCUUGCUUCUGCUCUGACUGUGGGAAGAGUUUUUCUCGACUGGACCUCUUAAAAAAACACAAACUUAUACAUACAGGAGAGAAGCCUUACUCCUGCCCUGACUGUGGAAAGAGUUUCUCUCGACUGAGCCACUUAAAAAAACAUGAACUUGUACAUACAGUAGUGAAGCCUUACCCCUGCUCUGACUGUGCAAAAUGCUUCACAACAUCAGCUCAGCUAAAAGUUCAUCAGAGAACACACACAGGUGAGAAGCCGUACUCCUGCUCUGACUGUGGAAAGAUUUUCUCUCAACUGGGCCACUUAAAAAGACACAAACAUAUACAUACAGGAGUAAAUACUUAUGCCUGCUCUGACUGUGUGAAAUGCUUCAUUACAUUAACUGAUCUAAAAGUUCAUCAGAGAACACACACAGGAGAGAAGCCUUACUCCUGCUCUGACUGUGGAAAGAGUUUCUCUCUACUGGGCAACUUAAAAAGACAUGACCGUAUACAUACAGGAAUGAAGCCGUACUCCUGCUCUGACUGUGGAAAGAGUUUCUCGCAAAUGGGCCAGUUAAAAAGACACCAAGCUAAACAUAAAGGAGAGAAGACUUACCACUCGUAAUGUGGCAAGAGUAACUCAAGUGAAAGUCACCAAGUAAAAUACUACUUGUGUAAAAGGCUGAAAUUAUUUGGUUGUAAAUAUACUUGUAUGUAUCAAAAGUAGAAGUAUGAAUAACUUCAAAUUCCUUAAAUUAACCUCUGGGUGUCCCUAAACCGGGACGGUUGUUGCUAACGUGCGCUAAUGUGACUAGAAUGAUGUUGAAUCCAAAAGCCAACUUUCCGGAACAUAGACAUGUCUUAUAUGGGCAGAAAGCUUAAAUUCUUGUUAAUCUAACUGCACUGUCCAAUUAACAGUAGCUGUUGCAGUGAAAAAAAUACCAUGCUAUUGUUUGAGGAGAGUGCACGACAAUAAAAUAACUUAUCACGGCAACUGGUUUGAUAUAUUCACCUCUGAAGGUAAAUAAUGUACUUACAUUCAGUAAUCUUGCUCUGAUAUGUCAUCCUGAGGGUCCCACAGAUAAAAUGUAGCAUAGUUUCAUUUGAUAAAAUACAUAUUCAUGUUCAACUGUAGUAACUGGGUUCUACAUUUUGAACCCCUGCUGUCUCUGGCUCCACACCCACCCCACCCAGCCAUCAAGAUGUGUGAAGGUUAGUGUAUAAGCUAAUGGUCCGUCAUGUAUGACAUUCCUGGGAGUGUGUAAGCUUAAUUUAUUUUAACCAUAGCAUUUGUAUAUGUUCUCUAUAGUUAUGUACUUAAAUGACCAAUUUGGCACAUUUGGGCAAACUCCUGGCAGACCUGAUACAGUCCAGUAAUGUAAUUCUUCACUGCAUCAGUCAAACUGUGCACACACACUGCUGCCAUCUGGUGGCCAAAAUCUAAAUUACAUCUAGACUCCUAUCUGAAAGUAUGGCCUUUCUCUUGCAUUUCAAAGAUGAUAAAAAAGAAAAACAGUUUUUGUUUGUUUGUAUUAUCUUUUACCAGAUCUAAUGUGUUAUUCUCCUACAUUAAUUUCAUAUUUCCACAAACUUCUAAUUGUUUCCUUUCAAACAGUAUCAAGAAUAUGCAUGUCUUUGCUUCAGGUGCUGAGCUACAGGCAGUUAGAUUUAGGCAUGUCAUUUUAGGUGACAAUGUCACAAAAAAAUGGUGUCCGAUCCUUGAGCUUUUUAAGUGAACCAGACGACACAAUUGUAUUGUUUUUUUAUAUUGCAGAUAGCCAGGGGCACACUCCAGCACCAUUUACAAAUGGAGCAUUUGUGUUUAGUGAGUGCGCCAGAUCAGAGGCAGUGGGGAGGACCAGGGAUGUUAUCUUGAUAGGUGUGUGAAUUGGACCAUUUUCUGUCCUGCUAAUCAUAAAAAAAUGAAAUACUUUUGUACUUUUGGGUGUCAGGGAAAAUGUAUGGAGUAAAAAGUACAUUUUCUUUCGGAAUUUUUGGGAAGAAAACGUUGUCAAAUAUAAAUAGUAAAGUACAGAUACCCCCCAAAAACUAUUUAAGUCAUUCUUCAAAUAAUUUAUUCUUAAGUAGUUUACACCACUGCAUGCAUCCAUGCCGUGUGUCAGCAUUACAGGCUGGUGGUGUGGUGGUUGGGGUGUGUUUUCAGGCCACACAUUGAUAAAAGACGAGCAAUGUUUGAAUGCCACAGGAUAUCUAAACAUCAUUGCCAAUCAGGUGCCUCCCUUCAUGGCAGCAGUGUAUCCAUCUGCAAAUAGAUUUCUUCAGCAGGAUUAUGCCUUGUGCCACAUGGCUUGACAGGGAAUGGUUCCAAGAACAUUACACUGAAUUCCUGUAAUUGUGCAUCUGUGGGAGGAGAAGGAAGGAGCUAUUCAGAGUAGAUCCACUCCCAGCCAACUUGACACAAUUGUGGGACGCAUUGGAGUCAACUUGGGCCAGAAUCCCUGUGGAACGUUCUCAACACCUUCGACAGUCCAUGUCCUGACGAUUUGAGGCUGUUCUGAGAACAAAGGGGGGUGCAACUCAACAAAUAGGUGCUUCUAAUGUUUUGUACACUCAGUAUAUAUCAGAUAAAGAUGGUGUGAUGAUUAGUUUGGGUGGAUUAUUUUAUAUUACUCAAUAACUUUUGUUUUUAAUGAUAAAUGUAGAGCUUGUAUGUAUAUUAUGUAUUUUUAGUGUUUCCUGUUUGACCCCAGGAAGAGGAGCUGCUGGGGAUCCUAAUAAAAUACUAAAUGUAUCAGGUA